AUGCCACCUACUUAUCGGGUUUAUAAGCGGCGAUUCUGGGGGCUGGCGCAGCUGGUCUUGCUCAAUGUCGUCGUGAGCUGGGAUUGGCUCACUUUCUCUUCAAUCUCCACCACCACAGCCAGCUACUUUAAUGUCUCGGAGAGUGCGGUGAACUGGCUCAGUACUGGCUUCCUCUUUGCGUUCUGCAUCGCCAGCCCUUUCGUUAUUUGGGUGCUCAACAAGGGUGGACCUAAACCGGCGAUUCUCAUCACAGCAACGCUACUGCUGGUUGGCAACUGGCUGCGCUAUGCAGGUACCAAAGCCAACGGAGGCAUCUUCGGCCUCGUGAUGUUCGGCCAGAUCCUCAUCGGUCUUGCACAACCGUUCUGUCUAUGUGCUCCAACACGCUACAGCGAUUUGUGGUUCUCAGCCAAGGGACGCACGAGUGCGACAGCCCUCGCUAGUCUGGCCAACCCACUUGGAGCUGCAAUCGGGCAGUUGGUGGAUUCGAUGUGGGCGACUGACCCAUCUGACAUCCCCAAUAUGGUGCUCUAUAUCUCUAUCAUUUCUACUGUCGCAUGCAUACCCGCCUUCUUUCUCCCCGCGGAGCCGCCGACUCCCCCCAGCGCCUCGUCCUCCGGGCCCCGCACGCCGCUUAUUCCUGCGAUGCGCCAACUUUGCGUCACUCUAGAGUUUUGGUUGAUCGUUGCCCCAUUCGCGGUCUACGUCGCCUUCUUCAACAGCGUGUCAUCAUUGUUGAACCAGAUCCUUAGUCCCUAUGGUUUCUCCGAAACCGAGGCGGGCAUUGCAGGCGCUAUACUCAUUGUCGUUGGCCUCGUGUCCGCGGCAAUCAUGUCUCCCGUCACUGAUCGCUGGAAACAUUACCUGGGAUCGAUCCGCAUCCUCGUGCCCAUCAUCGUGGCGUCGUACAUCGGGCUGGUGUUUGCACCAUCCAGCUCCGCGGGUAUCGCGCCCACAUACGUUGUGAUGGCCUUGAUGGGCGCGUCCUCAUUUGCUCUUCUUCCGAUCACACUAGAAUAUCUGGCCGAAAUCACGUAUCCUUUCUCUCCAGAGGUUGGCAGUACACUUUGUUGGACGGGUGGACAAUUGCUCGGAGCAUGUUGCAUCUUGAUCCAGGAUGCGCUUAAGGACGGACAGGACGGAAAUCCCCCCGGGAAUAUGCGCCGGGCACUGAUUUUUUCCUGUGUCUUGUGUGCCGCCGUAGCUCCCUUGCCCAUGUCGAUCGGAUUGUUCGGCAGAAAGGUCCAGCGCCGCAGGUGGGACGUUGAUCGGGGGGUCGAGCUUGGUGUCUCGGGAGGGGAUUCGGAUGAUGGAGAUGUCGAAAGCAACAAGGGUACCUCGAAGAUACUUGCUGGCAACGCCUCAGAAGAUCCUACUUGCAAGAAAAAUGUGAACCAAGCGCCUUGA